CUCAGAUUGGCACGUUCGAACUGUUCGAAGAGCGAAAAAUUUGUAAUAACGUUCGCGCUGUGUGUUUGUUGAUUGUUCGCUGAUUUUCUGAAAGAAAAUAACUCAAAAAAGUGGUUUAAUAACUUACAUUCGUCUUCCCACAAUGAAUGAACGCAAGAACCAACUAUUUCGCGUUCAGGUCAGCGUUAGACAACGACCUUACACUAAAGAUGAAAUUGAGCUGAAGAAAACUAGCAUUGUGAAAGUUUCAAAUCAGAACGAACUCACCCUCCAGUAUGGCUCAAAUGGCAAAAACUACACUUUUGACCGAGUUUUCAAGUCUGGAGCUUCGCAAGCCGAAGUUUACGAUGUUGUUGUGCGGCCUUUGGUUGACUCGAUGCUGUCGGGGUGCACGUGCACUGUUUUCGCCUAUGGGCCCACGGGAACCGGCAAGACGUACACCAUGAUCGGGGACUCAGUCAGACCCACACUUGAUUUUCUUAAUGACCCGUCUGUUGGUAUGGUCCCACGGGCUGCUGCUGAUAUUUUUAAUAGACUGUCUCAACUGGGGGUCCAGUUUAACGUAACUGUUUCGUUUGUUGAGAUAUACAAUGAAGAAGUUCGCGAUCUUUUAAUUUCAGACACUUGCAAUCUGAGAAUUUAUGAUGAUCCGGACAACAAGGGGGCAACCUGUAUCAAGGGUGUGUCUGAAGUACCGGUGAAAAAUUGCACCGAACUUUUUGAAUUGUUGAUGAUCGGAGCCAGCGAUCGCCACAUGGCUAGCACUAACUUAAACCGUCAGAGUUCACGCUCUCACACCAUUUUUACAAUUGUCGCCACCAUUCGCGAGUUGUCCAACGGGGUAGAGACCAUCAAAACGGGUAAAAUCAAUCUGAUCGACUUAGCCGGGAGUGAGAACAUCGGCCGUUCUGGGGCCACCGAAAUGCGGGCCAGAGAAGCGGGGACCAUCAACAAGUCACUCCUAACUUUGGCCAAGGUCAUUAAAGCUCUCGCCUUGAAGUCCCAACAUAUCCCCUACCGGGAAUCGAAACUGACGCGAAUUUUGCAAGACAGUUUAGGCGGCAAGAGCAAAACGUCCAUCAUUACGACCUUUUCGCCGUCUCCCGACGUUUUCGAAGAGACUAUCAGUACUCUGGACUACGCACACAUGGCCCGAACCGUCUCUAACUGCCCCACGUACAACAUAACAACCAUACGAAGGGACCACCUGACCAAAGAACUGGAAAGCGAAGUCAAGUCGCUACGAUUGGAAUUAAACGCAGCCAGGACAGGAGACGGCUUUUACGUGGACAUCGAAACCUACGAGAAGCUGCAUCUUGACGCUAAAGUCAAGCACGAAAGAGUUGUUACGCUUUUAUCGGAAAUAACAAAGUUAGAUGGUGUCAUCAAAUACCAAACGCAGUGUUCUGACGAACUGGGGAAGAACUACCAGGAGUCCGUGACCAAACUGGAGGCUGUCACCAAAGAAUUGGAACAAGAAACGAUCAAGCAGAAGGAGAGUGAAUAUGCCAUCACACGCAUGAGCGACAAGCUCUCACAACUGGAGGAGCAAUCGAAAGUCUUGCGCGACGUUUGCCACACGUCAACAAAACAUGGAGAUAUCUAUUACCAGAAGUACGACUCCCAGUGUGACGCUACGCUACAUAAGGCCAAAAUCGCCAAAGAAAUGCUCGCGGUUUCAACCACGAACCUGCGAGGCAUUGGCAACGCGCUUGAAGAGUUUGGGGAAAAGGAACGAACUUGUUUGGACGAAAUUGCCACAAGCAAUGCGCACGUUAAGCACAAUGUUCUUAACGACUUGAGCCGUUUGAACCGUCUUCUGAACGACGUUGCGGCCUUUUCCUCUAGUCUUACAUGCACGCCUGAGACGCUUCUCGGGAACACGGAGUUCACCGAGAGUGGGGCGAGGGCAACUUUGAAGUCCGUACAUACCGACAAUUAUGCACUAAUGGUGCAGUAUUUUGCCAAAAUCAGGACGACUUUGAGUAACCUUAAGAGCCAUGUGGACGAUAUCAAGGCAUCAGUGGCUGAAGCGGCGCUUCUGUACCAUGACAACGUCGCUUCGCAGUUUUCCUUGCUGAGCGACGUCUUCGACAAAUUCUACUCUUUAAUGCACCGUCUGUAUGUAGGCAUGCAGAAACGCCACGCCCGAAUUCAGGGCUCAAUCAAGCGCUCUGAUGAGAGCAUCGCAUCGUGGGAGAAGUUGAUCGAGCUGAAUGCCGCCACAUGCAAGGACGCGAAGCUCGAAUUGGAGAGUAUAUCGCACAUGAGAGAGUACAUUGAUGAAAUGACCGAGCUGUUAAGGGAGCGAAUGCCAGCAGUGGACCACAACUUAAAUACGUUCUUUUGCAACUUCAACGAACAAACGGCGCAUCCUCUGCUAAAUCACCUGAGACUGAGGCACGAGGCCGCGGGCUACGAAAUUGGGGAAAGCCAAGCGACUUGCCUUGAGCAGGCGCAACAACAUUAUAUACGCAAUCAAAAGUACAUGGUUGGGUUCUUUACAGCGAUUGCAAAGGGCUUGGAGAUUCAUAAUAAGAACGUUGCCAAAGGGAGGAAAGCACUGGUGGAGGAGGCUGAAAGCAUUCUAGAAAAUCAACAACGCGUGACUGCACAGUCCUCCAAAGUCGUUGCAAGUUCACUUAGCAAUCUAGCUCUGAACGAAGAUUUUUACCUGGCAAAUACGGUCAAAGUUUCCGAAAACACGGUUGAAAACCUCGAACAGAAGUUAGGAGAGGUUGAUUUUACGAUUAAAACGGGUGAUACACCGGUUAAGCCAACGUACGAUUAUCCGAAAAAGAUUGAUUCUGUGUUGUCGAAGGAAGUAUUGAAAAGGGAGUUUAAGAAGUCUUUGCUACAAGAGAAGCAAGAUAACUCGAAUGAGUCCACGGAUGAUGAUAAAUGAUGCGACAUAGCAUGACCUUAUUUAUUUUGUUCACUACCUCUAGUUUGUUAUUUUUAAUAAUUUGUGUGCAAUGUACAAAGUUUUGCUGAUUGUUUCUGGGCGCAAAACUAAAAACACUACCUAAUUAAAUGUGUUGGCUUGUCUUGCCGCUUGAAUAAAAAGUUCAACUUUUGAAUUAUCCAGCAUGUAUUGUUUCUGUAUUUUGUGGUUCAACCUUCUUGAAAUGUUCAACAUUAUAUUGUUUCUGAAGUUAUUCGUUCCGUAUUUUGUGUAGUUCAACCUUUUUGAAAUAUUCAACAUUGUAUUGUUUCUCAAGUUAUUUGUUCUGUGUUUGAGUGAGUUUAAAAAAAAACAAAUAAACUAUAAAAAACUUU